AUGUCUAUUUCUAUUGGUACAUCUAUCGGCCAAAAGAAAAACGACGAAAACGAUGAAUUCGACGACCUUGAACUCAUCACUGCUGCCGAGCAAUUCGAAUCAGAGAAUAAGACAUCAUCAAAGCAUACAUCAGCUGACGAUGAUGAACUGCUUGCGAUUGAAGUCGAAAUCUCUCAAAUCGACGAAGAAAUUUCUCGUCUUCGUCAUAAGCGUUUACAGUUAAUUGUUCGACAACAACAAUUAAAAGACAAAAUAAAACUUAAUCAUCGAUCAACAACAGACACAAAUCUUAUUGAACAAUGGCAACGAACCGAUUUCCCAUGGAGCUCCAAGGUUGAACACAUUCGAACGAAUAUCUUCAACAUUCCAUCAUUUCGACAGUGGCAACUCGAAACUAUCAAUGUCACCCUUUCGAAUCGUGACUGUAUCCUGAUCAUGCCGACUGGUGGUGGUAAAUCUUUGUGUUAUCAAUUGCCAGCCGUCGUCACCGAUGGUAUAACCAUUGUUGUUUCGCCGUUGAUAUCACUUGUUGAGGAUCAAAUCUAUGCGUUGAAAAAGUUAAAUGUCGAUGCACGUUCGUUGAAUACAUCAACACCACGCGAGGAACAAACAGAAAUCAUGCACAUUCUCGACGGCAAAAAGAAGAUUGAUUCCACGUUAAAGAUUCUCUAUUUAACACCUGAAAAAAUUGCUAAGAGUAAAACUAUUAUGGCGAAAUUACAAAAACUAUACGAAACACAGCGAUUUGCCAGAUUAAUUGUCGACGAGGUCCAUUGUGUUUCACAAUUCGGACAUGAUUUUCGUCCAGAUUACAAAUAUCUAUCCAUCUUCAAACGACAAUUUCCUAAUGUAUCUAUCUUGGGUUUAACUGCUACGGCGACCACAAAAGUGAUCAAUGAUGUUCAACAGAUACUACAAAUUCCCAGAUGUAUUAUGUUUCGUGCGCCGUUCAACCGAAAGAAUCUUUUCUAUGAAGUCAUACACAAGUCCGAUGUUGGCAAAGAUGCAUUCAAAGAACUCGUGAAUUGUAUUCAACAUCGAUUCGAUAAACAAUCAGGUAUUGUUUAUUGUUUAUCACAGAAGGAUGCAGAAGAUGUAUGCUGUGAAUUACAAAGACAUGGUAUCAAAGCUGGUUGUUACCAUGCUGGUCUCUCAGGUCCUUCACGUACUCAAGUCCAUGAGAGGUGGAUUAAAAAUCAAGUUCACGUCAUUUGUGCCACUAUUGCUUUUGGGAUGGGCAUUGAUAAACCUGAUGUGCGUUUUGUUAUACAUCAUUCACUGAGUAAAUCCAUUGAGAAUUUUUAUCAAGAAAGUGGCCGCGCUGGUCGCGAUGAUAAAGAAUCACAUUGUAUUCUUUUCUUUCGAUUCGGUGACGUCUUUCGUCUUGCGCCGAUGGUCUUUUCAGACAAAUCUGGUAAUGGCUUAACAAAUCUCUAUUCAAUGAUUUCCUACUGUUUAAACGAAUCUGAAUGUCGUCGAAAAUUGAUCGCAAAAUAUUUCGAUGAAGUAUGGCAAUCGAAUGACUGUAAUCAUAUGUGUGAUAUUUGUACACGGCCAUCGACAUAUAUCAGCAAGCGAAAGUGUUGUCAAGAAGCAGCCAUGAUUGUAGAAUACCUAGAGAAAAACUCCAAACAACGUAUUACACCAUUAAAACUAGUUGAACAUUUGUCAAUUCCGACAAUGAUUAAAAUCGAUAUACAACGACUCAUCUUACAAUUGAUCAUAGACCAAUAUUUGAAAGAAGACUUUCACUUUACACCGUACACUACGGUUUUCUACGUAGUUCGAGGACCAAAAGCGAAUACAAAGAAACGCUCGUCAAAUACAAAUAAGGCAGACGAGCAACAAAUUCUCAAAAGAACAUCCACAACACCAAAAGCGCCGGACGCACGGCCUAAACUACGUUGGGUUACAAAUAUAGGAUCCACCCUCAAAUCUGAUCCUCCAAAAAAACGAUCAUUGACUUAUGAUGAUGACGAUGACGACGACGAUAAUGACAAGAAAGAUCAAUUUGAAAAUACACCAUUAUCAAAGCGAACAUCAUUCUCGAUUAGUCCCACAGCUGGAACCGUACAAUCCAUUCAACCGUCGGUCAUCGACGACGAAGAACUUGAUUUCUUAUACGUCUUAAAAUCAAUUCAACGGAAACAAACCAAUCUAUUUCUAUUUCAGAUGCCUAUAGCAAUGAAUUUUGAUUUGCUAAAAAAUGCAACACAACAUGAUAGAUGUGAACAUCUACAUGACAGUGGAACUAACUUCGAGAAAAUCAUUCCGAAAUCACCGUUGUCGAAUGGUACGAAUCGACAAAGUACAUCCUUAAUUACAACUCCACCACCACCUGUCAAACCACGCUUACGUUCUACGUCCACUCGUGUAACACGUAAAAUUGAUUUGCAACAACUGAAUCGUUGUUCUCAAACAUGUCAUUUUACUUUACCAAAUGUUGAAAAUGAAACCUGGUUAGCACUGGCAUCUUCAAAUGAGCAUGUACUUGUCGGUGGUGGGAAUUCAAAUAAACUACGACUGUUUGACCUACAAGGAAAGGAACUACGUGAAAUUGAGAUCAAAACAUUCGCUGCUUUUGAUCUGGCUUGGUCAAAAUCGCUGAAUGCUUUCCUCAUUGCUGGUUAUGAUUGUUUACAAAUGUACAAUGUAGAAAAAAAUCAGUUAAUCCCAGUAGAAAAUCUCAAUUUUACCAAUAAAAAAGACAACUACUUUUGGUCAAUUGCUUGUCACAACAACGAUCUUUUUGUUGUUCUUUCGGAUGGACUGGAAUCCAUAUGGCGUUUAUCAUUGCCUAAUUUCGAACGCAAACAAACCUUAUCAGGUGGUGAAAUUCGUGAAAGCGAUGUUGAUGAUCGAAUAUCUUGUAUACGCACAAAUGGUCAUUUAGUUGGUAUGACGCUGCGACAACGUACUACAUAUCAAUGGCGCGUAGAUUUAUUCGAUUAUACGACAAUGAUACGAACGCACCGCGGCUUAACAAUUGGUUGUGGCAAUGGUUCGUUUAAUUUUAUUGAACGUUGUAUGUUGACGCCUGUUGACGACCAUCAAUGGCUUGUUAUUGGCGGUCUCGAAGUGAAACCGAAUGCUUUAACAUUGAUGGACGAUCGAACGGGUGAAGUGAAACAAGUUCUGCGACCCACGAGUCGACAAGAAGAAUUUAUAGCAAAUGUUUGUACGAGUGAAAAUAGUAAACGACAAUUGAUCAUCAAUAUGAUGAUCAUCGAUAAUAAGAGUGGCGAACGUCAGAUUCAUAUUGUGCAUCAAUGA